CGUGGGUGGAGCUGGAGCCUUAUAAUCAGCCAGGUUAUCUUCAGUGAGUUCCCAGGCUGGCUUCUCCAGGAGCAGCUCCUUGAGGGCUCAAUCAUGAGUAUCCUGCUACUGGUGCCACUACUGGGCAUCUCCAUCUUUCUCCUGGGACUCCUUGUCUGGACCAUCUUUAAGCAUUUGCUCACCACAGAUGUCCCCUCUGCCUUGAAACAUCCUGUCAAGUUCAGAAUUCUGGACUGCUUGUUUAUAUAUGGGAUCACCUUGGGGAGCAUACUAGAGAAGCUGAAUAUUUGCUCUAUGCCCACCUUUGCUCGCUUUGUACAUGAUAGACUGUUCAGAAAGACGAAUGACCCUAAAGUGGUAGUGACUGACCUGCACUACGGGACAAUCCCUGUGAGGCUGUUCCAGCCGAAGGCAACAUCCAGUAACUCCUUUGGAGGCAUUGUCUUCUACCACGGAGGAGGAGGGAUAAUAGGAAGCUUGGAUUAUCACCAUAACGUGUGUGUUUUCCUGGCUCGGGAAACAGAUUCUGUGGUAUUGUCAGUGGGGUACCGGAAGCUUCCUUACUACCAUUUCCCUGUCAUUACCACUGACUGCCUGAAUGCCACCAUCCACUUCCUGAAGAGGCUGAAAAGCUAUGGUGUGGACCCUUCCCGGGUUGUGGUCUGUGGAGAAAGCAUUGGAGGAGGACUUGUGGCCCAGAUCACUCAGGCAUUAGUGGGACGCACAGAUCUUCCCAAGAUCCAGGCUCAAAUCCUGAUUUAUCCAGUUGUCCAGUGUAUCAAUUUCCAGUUACCAUCCACUCACCAGAACCAUAAUAUUCCAUUUCUCACAUGGGACUUCUUGAUAAUGUGCAUUUGUAAAUAUAUGUCCAUUGACCUCUCCUGGAAAGAUGCCAUACUGAAAGGUGCUUUUAUACCCCCGGAGACAUGGAAGAAGUACAGGAAAUGGCUCAGCCCUGACAACAUCCCCAAGAGUUUCAAGAAGAAAUACAAGGAACCCCAGUUUCCUGGAUGUUUUAAUGAGACUGCCUAUUUGGAAGCCAAACAUCUGUUAGAUGUACACCAUACACCACUUCUUGCAGAUGAUGAGACCAUUGCUCAGCUUCCCAAGGCCUUCUUUGUGAGCUGUGAGAAUGACAUCCUCCGUGAUGACACCUUGCUCUACAAGAAGCGCUUGGAAUGCCAAGGAAUACUAGUGAGUUGGUACCAUGUGGAAGAUGGUUUUCAUGGAUGCAUAACUCUAUUUGAUAAGCAAAUUUUCUCUUUCCCAUGCUCCCAGAAAAUUUUAAAUGCUGUAGUCAGUUAUAUAAAAGGUUUAUGAAAAUCACAGGGGGCUUGAAUAAUGUGAGGUCAUUGUGCUUCUGCCACAGCUAGAGAUUCUGCUGAAUUCUACUUUAUUUCAGAAAAAGUUGCUAAUCCACUAUGACCCCGUUAUGGAGGAUAAGAUGGAGUGAAGACUCUUUCACUUUAUUUUCCAGAAAAUAUAACUGUGUUUCAUUCCAAUACUGUCAGUGUUCAGGCUUACAUUUAACAACAUUCUCUAACAAUUAAAAAUAAAUAUCAAAAAAGGAGAAAAUGCCUU